AUGGUGUGCCCCACCCUCAUUCACGAAUAUUACGAGAAGGUCAAUCCCAACGUUGUCGCCCUGCCGCAACCCAAGCUCCGAGGACCCACAGGCCUACGAUGUCCAGUGUGUCCAAGUGAAAUGGUUUACUGGACCGAGCUACACGAUUCCUGGCACAUUGGCUGCCCCACCCCUUAUAAUUCACACAACUGGAAGACCUGGCGAUGUGAUCAGCUGAACCAUGAACUUGCUCUCAUCAACCUUGGCACGCUUCGCCCGAUUGUGUCCGUCAGCGCAGACUGGGGCCCCCGAGUUUCCACCAAAGGGCUCACUCUCCCUGACCUCGCGGCGCCACCCCAGGGCGGCCGGUACCAUCCUUACCAGUCGAAGCCAAAACAAGAUCCAACCACGUCCACCGCCAAACGAGCGGUAGUUCAAUGCAAACGCCUUUCCGAAGGAAGCGUCGCCCAAAACCACAAGAAGACAGCUAAUAAAGGGUGUCACUCUCAGUACUGCCUCGGAUGCUGCAUUGCAUACGGCUCCUCUCUCUGCCGUGUGCAUGUUCGCCCUUCCACCGAAUCAGCGUCGACGCCCCUUGUACGGGACGAUCGGUCUCUCACACCACAUCAACUAAGUCAGAUUGGAUUAUCCCAACAGCAAAUCACCCAAUUAAGGGAGCUGGAGGCAAGCACCUCAGCACACGGGUCACAGUUCCCCCCAUCAAACGUACCUGCUCGUCGACCCGCUCCCGCCUCACAAGCUCAGCCGCAUCAAUGGGCUCAAACAUCAAAUUCGCUUGGUCGUCGCGUACCCUUGGCCGCCAGGGUCAUGCUCCAGAAAAACCGAUAUGACCGGGAGCAUGCAGCCAAACAGCAAUCAUCAGCUCUCAUCGAUGAAACCAAAGUAGUAAUGAUUACUUUGUGGACAAACUCAGAAGCGUCACAAAUAGUCACAGGUUACUUUCCGCUGUGGCCCCUGCUUUACCUCGAACAAUGCGAGCUGCUAAUCGCUGCGGUAGUCAAUGCAAUUGGCCCAAAAUGGAACCAAGCCCUGAGUGUCUGGAAUGAAGAACAGGAAUGUUGGUGCGACACACUGGUCAGUUACCCAAUUCGGCGCCCCAGUACGUUACGAACUCUUAUUGUGAAGCUCCAAGGAGUCCAAGUUCGCAUGCCUUUGGUUUUAGAAACCAACCUCCCAAAAAACGGCCCACCCAGCCAUCCACCCAGCGAUCACCCUGCGCCCAGUUUCACAUCACUAACCGAGGCCCCCCCGCGGAACACGCCUUCAUCCCCAAAAACACCUUACCCGUCUCAACUUUCUGUCUCUUCCCAAGAUGACAGCGACGAGCUAGCACCUCUGGAGCCAGAAGUGAAACCCAACAAAUCUUCGAUCGACCCGCAAACAUCCAACAAAUACAUCGACUUGACCCUUUUGCCAGAUCCCAGAUCUCCUACCCAAGAACUACCGGCGGCACCCAGCGGUAGCUCCAGCAUUCCCGGCGACGAAGAAGCAAACUCUCUCUUGGCUACCCCCGAGAACGUAGAGUAUGUUUUGUUUGAAUACUCAUCAUUUUUCACACUGCAAUCUGACAUCGAUGACUUGGUUAGGACUUCUGACACCCCACCUAAAAGAAAACGAUGGCCAUCAAGUUCCGUUCAACUGUCCAGUGUCCUUGCUUGGUAUAAGGACCAAGUACACGGCUGCCCAAAAACGAAAUGGAUGGAUCACUUUGGCGCUCAAUGGCAUUUCUCUUCCUCCACCAUGUAUUGA